UGUUUUUAGGGAAUCAAAGUUUCAGCAGAUCUGGUGCUGGCUCCUCCCACGGCACCUCAAACGUGGUUUUUCCCACCUCCGUCUUAAAGGGGCCUCACUCCGCUUAAAGUUCUUAAAGAGACAGGACGAUUGAUUGAGCAGAAAUUUCUGAAAGAGGCAGGUGCACCCGCUCCAGUUGGCACCAUGGACAGCGAAGCAUUCCAGAGUGCUAGGGACCUCCUGGAUCUGAAUUUCCAGUCACUGGCCAUGAAGCACAUGGACCUGAAACAGAUGGAGUUGGACACUGCAGCUGCCAAAGUGGACGAACUGACCAAGCAGUUGGAGUCUCUGUGGUCGGAUUCACCAGCACCUCCCGGACCACAGGCUGGAGUCCCCUCCAGAGUGUCCCGGUAUAGCACCAGUCCUGUUCCAGAACAUUUUGGCAGCCGAGGGUCCCCCCAGAAGGCAGCCACCGACACCGGAGAUGCCCGUUUUGGACGCUCAGAGAGUGCCCCAUCCCUGCACCCUUAUAUCCCUCUGUCCCCUAAGGGCCGGCCAUCGUCUCCACGCACCCCAGUCUACCUGCAGCCGGACACCUAUGGCAGCCUGGACCGUGCACCAUCACCCCGGCCUCGCGCCUUUGAAGGAGCUGGCAGUCCCCUUGGCCGGGCACCAUCCCCGCGGCCCGGGGCUGGUCCGCUCCGCCAGCCGGGUCCCCCAACGGCUUACGACUACCUGGGCCGUGCGGGAUCCCCGCGGGGCAGCCCUCUAGCAGAGGGACCUCAGGCCUUCUUCCCAGAGCGGGGACCGUCCCCACGUCCACCUGGUGCAGCCUAUGAUGCGCCAGCUACAUUCGGGAGUCCUCUGCUGGGCGCCGGGGGCAGCGCCUUUGCCCCGCCACUGCGCGCACAAGAUGACCUGACACUGCGCCGGAGGACGCCGAAAGCCUGGAACGAGUCUGAUCUGGAUGUGGCCUAUGAGAAGAAAUCUUCCCAGACCUCGAGCUAUGAAAGGCUGGACGUCUUCACGAGGCCAGCUUCCCCUGCUUUGCAGCUGCUACCCUGGAGAGAGAGCAGCCUGGAUGGACUGGGUGCCACUGGCAAGGACAACCUCACCAGUGCCACCCUGCCACGCAAUUACAAGGUGUCCCCUCUGGCCAGCGACAGGCGUUCUGACAUAGGCAGCUACCGGCGCUCUAUGGGCUCAACUGGACCCUCAGGCACUUUGCCCCGCAGCUGGCAGCCUGUCAGCCGCAUCCCCAUGCCCCCCUCCAGCCCCCAGCCCCGCAGUGCUCCCCGGCAGCGCCCCAUUCCCCGUAGCAUGAUCUUUAAGCUCCAGAAUGCAUUCUGGGAGCAUGGGGCCAACAGGGCUGUGCCCCUGGGAUCCACCAUCUUCUCCCGAGCACCCCCACCUAAACUACCUUCCCAGCCCCAGCCACCCCCUCAAUCCCAGCUGCAGCCCCAACCUCAACCUCAGAUGCCACCUCAGCCCCAGCCCCAGCCCCAGGCCCAGCCCCAGCCCCAGACUGCAGCCCCCCAGCCCUCCCUACAGACAUGGCCUCCAAUAAAUGAAGGCCUCCUCAAAUCCUCUGCUGAGCUAGAACCCGAGCCAGAGCUAGAGGGCCUGCUCGUGCCCGCACUGGAGGCUGGAGAUGCAGAUGAAGGCACUGUGACUCGGCCCCUCAGUCCCACGAGGCUGCAGCCAGCAUUGCCACCCGAGGCACAGUCUGUGCCCGAGCUUGAGGAGGUGGCACGAGUACUGGCAGAGAUUCCUCGGCCCCUGAAACGUAGAGGCUCCAUGGAGCAAAGUCCUGCUGUGGCCCUGCCCCCCACACACAAGAAACAGUACCAGCAGAUCAUCAGCCGACUCUUCCACCGGCAUGGUGGCCCAGGGCCUGGGGGACCAGAGCCAGAACUGUCCACCAUCACCGAGGGAUCUGAGACCAGGGCAGGGCCUCCAGCUCCUGCCCCACCUGCUCCCAUCCCACCCCCAGCUCCACCCCAGAGCAGCCCUCCAGAGCAACCUCAGAGCAUGGAGAUGCGCUCGGUGCUACGCAAAGCAGGGUCCCCACGCAAGGCUCGGCACGCACGCCUCAACCCACUGGUGCUGCUGCUGGACGCAGCGCUGACUGGGGAGCUGGAUGUGGUACAGCAGGCAGUGAAAGAGAUGAACGACCCAAGCCAACCCAACGAGGAGGGCAUCACCGCCCUGCACAAUGCCAUCUGCGGUGCCAACUAUCCCAUCGUGGACUUCCUCAUCGCUGCGGGUGCCAAUGUCAACUCCCCUGACAGCCACGGCUGGACACCAUUGCACUGUGCAGCGUCCUGCAACGACACGGCCAUCUGCACUGUGCUGGUGCAGCAUGGCGCUGCCAUCUUCGCCACCACACUCAGUGACGGUGCCACCGCCAUCGAGAAGUGCGACCCUUAUCGCGAAGGCUACACAGACUGUGCCACCUACCUGGCAGAUGUGGAGCAAAGCAUGGGGCUGAUGCACAACGGGGUGGUGUACGCACUCUGGGACUACAGUGCUGAGUUUGGGGAUGAGCUGUCCUUCCAUGAGGGCCAGUCAGUCACCGUGCUGCGGAGGGACGGGCCUGAGGAGACCGACUGGUGGUGGGCAGUACUGCACGGCCAGGAGGGUUAUGUGCCCCGCAACUACUUUGGGCUCUUCCCUAGGGUGAAGUCUCAGAGGAGCAAAAUCUAGCGAUAUAGAGGAUGAUGAGAAGGAAGCCAGCUGCCUUCCACCUGGAACUUACCCUCCAUCCACUAUGGCCUUACCUGCACCCCUAAUCCCCAGAGGGGUGUGGUCUUCACCAAAAGUUCUCUGCUCUUCCAGAGGCUUUGGGGAGGACAAACUCAGCCUUAAGAUUAGGAACCUACCUUAGGCAUUGGGUGUGCAACUGGGCUGCGAAUCUCUGGGGGCAGGAGAACUCCACAUUUGCCAAGUCAAAUCCUGCCCCAAAAUGCCUCCCACUUCCAACAAACCACUGCGCCAUCCCAGCAGAGCUUGGGAGGGUGACCCACCAGUUCAUUUCCCUGGGAGUCCUUCCUCCCUCUCUCUCCCAGCAGCCCCCAUUCCUCCAGCAGCCCUAGGGCCUGGAGGAGGCACAUGGCUCCUGAGCAGGAUGUCUGCCUGUCUCUCUGCAACUAAGUGUCUUCACACUGUGUGGAUGAAUGUUUAUAACCACAGGGCGAACUUUGUCCUUUAUAAAUAAAGGUAGUUUACACAAAAAUGAA